UCCCCGGAGGCUCGGCUACCGCCGCGGCCGCCGGUAACAGCCGGAGAGGAGUUACCGGGGCAGGGGCGGCCGCGGCCGGUGCCUCCGGCCAGCGCAGGGCCCGCUCCGCCCCGCCGGUGACCCGGGGGAGCGGCGGCACCACCGGAAACGAAGCGCGCAGAGAGACUGAUCCGCCAGAAGAAAGAGCGAGAAAGAGCUUCGAAUGUUGAGUUUAAGAAAACAAAAAAAAUAAAAGUAAACGAAUGAAAACCCAAAUAUACAAAACAAAACAGGAAAAAACAAAAUAAAGCAAGAAAAAAAGAACACUAGAAAACCACAUUCCGGCGCUUUUGCUGUCGCUCCUCUCCAGCAGCGCACCCGUUACAGGCCGUUCGCAGCGCUGCGGGACCGGUAACAGCAGCCGAACUGCCCCCGCAGAGGCAUCCCCGCGCCACCGCAGGAAUACUUUAUAUGUGCUUGCCGCAACCAAAGAGCAGCACAAACCCCUUCCCAAACGCUCCGGGAUGUCCUCACGCUCUCGGCAGAUGGGAGGCAUUUGUGGUUUUUAUUGACUAUUUGUAUAAACCGCCGGCGGCUCUGCAUCCCGGUGGCGCAGCAGCGCGAUCCCGCAGGAACUGCCCCCGGGAGAGGCGGGCUGGGCGCUGCCGCGGGGGAGCGUCCCGGGGGCGCGGACACGGAGCCGCAGUGCCGCGGGGCAGCGCGGCCCCAGCGCGCCCAGAGCCGCUCCCGCUUCGAGAGCCGGCCCCAGAGCCCGUCCCCGCCGCCCCCAGCAUGCGGCGGCUGCUCUGCGCGCUGCUGCUGCUGCAGCUGCUGCAGCUUGGCCGCGCUCGCUCCCCGGCCGCAGAGUUGUAUAGUCUGGAAAUAACCAACAAUGGUCCCAUCACAACGGGAGCUCAAGCUACUGUUCAAGCCAGGCUAAGAAUGAAGAAUGAAAAUGUCACAUCAAACUGGUAUCACUUUAACUGGGUCUAUGCUCCUCUGAUUCUGAUAGAGAAAUUCGAGCAGCAGUUUAAUUCCAUAAUUAAUGUGACUGGUGAAUUCCCUGGCACUUUCCCUGUGUCUGUCUGGGUGACUCACAAAAACUGUUGGUUGUGUCGGCCGAUUGCAAGAAACAUCACCGUGCUCCAGCUUACAGAAUUUAUCACAGGGAACCUCAACAUAGCCCAGAUAGAACACAGCAGAGUUACCACACAUGGUUCUAGCUCCUCCACAGACACAGUGACCCGGAUUUCUUUCUCUCUUCAUGACCCAAGUCAUUACUUCAAGUCAGCAUCAUUUGUCUACAACUGGGAUUUUGGAGAUGGAGUUUACCAGAUUACCAAGGAGCCCUUUGUCUACUGCAACUGCUCCUCCAGGGGGAACCGCACGGUGCAUCUGAAGGUCGUAGCUGAGUGGGAGCAGACUGGAAGCAUCAUACACGAGAGAGAAAUGAUGCAGAAAACUGGUGAUUUUACCACAGCUCUGGAGCUCUUGGAUGCUGUUAAAAGUAUUAACAUAGUGGGCUCCAGAGAGACUCACGUAAUGGAAAACUUGAAUUUAUCUCUUCAUAUCAAUGGCACCCCACCACUGGCAUUAUGCUGGCUUAUAAAAUCCGAGUGCAUUCCACUUGAAGGUGACAAAUGCCAUCUGGUGGAGAUCAGUGGCUCCUGCUACAACCUCAGCCACACCUUCAGGGACGCGGGGCAGUAUUGCCUCAGUGUCAGGGUGGAGAACGGCGUGACAAUGCUGCAGACCUACCACGGGAUCAAAGUGCGGCCAGCAGGAAUCCACCCAGCUUUCUUUGUUCUGCUCUGCACUGCUCUGGUUUCAGUGAUGCUAAUACUGGUGCUGUACAUGACUUUUCGAAGUCACACACAACAAAAAGAUCUCGUGGAGGUAGCUGACUUUGACUUUUCUCCACUGUCUGAUGAACACCGGUCUAAUCAUUCCAAGUCAGGCUGUGGCCCAGUAUGUUGCAGAUAUUGUUUUCUUCAACCAUCAAAAGAAGAUGCCUGGGAGAGUCAUGAACUUCUACAUUCACUUUACAAGCCAGUCAAAAUGUACACACUGUGA